AUGAAUACGUAUGGUGCCGUUCUUGACGAUUUUGGUAUGGAAACCAUGCUUGAUAAGGUCAUGGAAGAAUACAUACGCACUAUAUCGAAAGUUUUGUUCCCUGAAGUUGGUGGGUCUACACUUGAUGCUCAUCAUGGUUUUGUGGUUGAGUAUGGAAUGGAUAGAGAUUUGGACCUAGGUUUCCAUGUGGAUGACUCAGAAGUCACGUUAAACGUCUGCCUGGGAAAGCAAUUUUCUGGCGGUGAACUGUUCUUCCGUGGUGUACGUUGUGAAAAACAUGUAAACACUGAAACCCAGUCGGAGGAAAUCUUCGAUUUCUCUCACGUCCCAGGACGGGCAGUUCUUCAUCGUGGCCGCCAUCGGCAUGGUGCUAGAGCCACAACAUCUGGAAAUAGGAUAAACUUAUUGCUUUGGUGCAGGAGUUCUGUAUUCAGAGAGCUGAGGAAAUAUCAAAAGGAUUUCUCCAGCUGGUGUGCUGAGUGCCAACGCGAGAAGAAAGAAAGGCAGCACCAAUCUGUUUCUGCUGCCAAACUGGAACUGCUGAGAGGAGGAGAAACUGCUACCUGA